UUACAAAAUCAACAAUCCAGACAUAUAAGUCUGAACCGGACCAACAUCGAUAAUGAUUUCGGUUCUAGAAUUCGUAAAAUAGUCUAACUCUGGACAUAAUGUACUGACAUGAAUGAUUUAAAGAUGUUAAAAUAUAAUCUAUCGAUCAAGUUUAUCGGUAAUGACGAAGGUUUGAUGGCUUAUUUUAUCGGUACAAGUUCCAUCUUCGGUAAAUAAUACUGUGUCAAACUGUUAUGAUUCAGUUAUGGAGAAUGUGUAUAUCUUGCAUGGGAAAAGAAAAUGGAGUUUCUAGAAACCCACCUAACAGACACUCAAAGUCAUUACGCAUGGAGCGUGCAUAUUUCAACAUYGAGGGAAGUGCAGCCAAUCGUUCCCAGUCAUUCAGUGCUGCAGCUUCACGUAGCAUAAAACCCAUCCCACUUCACCCCUCCCCUGCUGAGUUAGAUAGACGUCACUCUCAAAAUGUUCGCCGUAAGCAUACUGGGCUGUUUGGAUCCAAACCAGCCAUCAAAGUUCCUAGAGUAGAAAGUGCCUUAAACAUGUUUACCAAGUUGCAGACUGGUCUAAGUGAAUGUUCAAAGUAUCUCCAAGAGGCUCUAAAUAGUGUAGAAAUGAAGAGAAAAAGACUAGUUGAGCAGAGAAUUAAACUCCUUGAAUCAAGGCUUCAUGAGAUGGAAGAACUCUUUCAGCUUUACAUGUAUCAACAGAAAAUUAGAGAAGGGUCCAAGAACCUGUUACAUGCUUUAGGAGAGCAAGGAUCCAAAGAAGGUUUAGAUAAAUGUAAAACAAGUUUUAAAGAAUGUACCGAGAGGUUAUGUGCUCUAGAACAAGAGCUYGAAAGCAAAUUAGGAAUUUUUAAAAUAAAGUUAGAAGGUUUAGCAGGGUUUGGUAGACUAUGCAGUGGAGAUACAUACGAUAUUUUGAUAAAACAUGGCGCAACGUUUAAGUGGAAAGCAAGAUGUAAAAUAGAYAAAGAAGGGCAAAGAUGGAUUGAUAAUGAGUUUCCUCUUCUUCCGAGGAUAAACGAUGAGUUAUCGAUUCGGGUUGUUGAAAUGCGAAAAAUUCAAUCAAACGUAUCGAUAGGUAACGUUGUACUGCGGUCACGUAACUACAUCAACGCAAGACCACAGACAUUUGCAGUCCCACUAAACAGCACAGGUUCGAUGAAACUCAAGCUAACCGUUGAAUGGAGCAUAAUAGAGAAUGGAUUGAUUGAAGACCAAGAGGAGUUUCGACACUCCACGUCGUUAGACAGAGCGAUAUUUCAUUUGAUACCAACUUUACAGUCGCAUAAAGAUCAAUACCCUGAGCUUCAGUUAAUGAUAAGACAGUUAGAAAAACUUGAAGAGCUUCUGAAAGUUUCUCAGCCCGCCAACUACGUAUUGGAGACGUGUCUUAACCAUGAAUCUCAGGCCUUCAARAGACUCUCAAAGUGUAGUCUCUCGCGGUCAUCGAUUUCGAUAUCGGUCGAAAGUGCUUUAGAGAGUUUCGACUUCCUUGAAGACAACGACGAUGUCGAAAGCAUCGCGCAAAGCGUGCGAAGUGAUGGAAGCUGGCACCAGGACACUGGAUACAACAGUACGGACGACUUUGUAGGYCGCGACAGUGGCGAAGAAAGUCAUGUAAAAUCACCGACUAAGAAAGAUAAAGGACCACAGUUUACACCAGAAACAAUAGCUGAAGCAUCUGAGAGCAGCUCAUCUGCGGAAAUCAUCGAGACAUCGUUUCGAGAUGAGUUUGUAACGAGUUUUAAGAUCGAAGAUAACCAAGAGAUUAUCGAAGUCUGCGACACAAGGUCGAAAGAAGACGUACCUCAAGACGAGGGKGUUGACGGGGCAGUGGGCGUGGCAAGUAGCCAGGCGUCAAGACCCCUUAGUCCGAACCUAUCGUCCAGUAGUAGUCAUGARGUCACUGUUGGUAAUAAAGCAUUGGAUAAGGUUAUUUUGGCUCAUUUACAACUUUGUGAAGAACUAACUGGGUACUUGGGAUCGUUUGGACCGAUGAAAUUCAAGGAAUCGGUGGCCCUGACUAAGUUAAGACAUCAAGCCAGAGUAUUGGAGCUUCUAGUAGAUCUCGCAGCACAUCACGAUAAUGAAGAAAUUACACUGGAAAGAGCAUGUCCUGGUUUAUUUUCAAACGUUUUAGUUUGUUCCAUGUGGCAAGGCAGCAUCAAAGCGAGUCCAUUGUAUGUUCUCGUAAAAGACCUUCAGGUGUCUUUAGAAGAAAGGUUUAAGUCACAAAUAAAGCAAAGUUAUAACAGAGUAGCAGACAGUGUUUUCCCAACAAUCAUCGGUCGAAUCAUACAUCAAGAUGGCGACCUGGUCGAACCUCUUGUGGACGAUAAUGAGGUCAUUACAGUUUAUCAAUACGAAAACUUUUUAUUGGAGCAUUCAAGGCAUAAUACGACCAAGUACGUAGACGAGGUCUCGUAUGAACUGCUGAUUAGCAGACGCUUGUUGUCGACUGAGAAAGAAGCAGUUAUUGCUCAGUUAAAGCACUACAGUGAAGUUCCUUUGACGAGAAUAUGUUUUUGUGCGGUACUUUCUCUACUUGUUGAUAAAGACAGUCAUCUUGCACAUGCGGCAGAGCACUUUUUGUGCAGUUUGAUGAAAGACAGUGAAGCAAGACGAAAGGCCGUGACGUUAGCAACGGAAGCACUAGAGGAAUCCGAUGACCGACUACGUGAAGGCGCGUGUCUCGCUUUGACUGUCCUCCAAGUUAAAGACUGCGUCUCACAGCUGCGUUACCUAAGUCGAUGCGACGUCCCUAAUGUUAAAAGCGCUGCAAAAAGAGCUUUGACUUCCUUUGGUGAAAAAGACGACGCAUCAAGAACUGCUCCAUUUUCAUCGAAUGCCGGAUUGGAAGGACUUUUGUAUUGAACAGAAAACAUGAAAAUACAAGCAAGAAAAAGAGAACAUGCAUAAAAGACUGAUUUACAAUAGAGCUAAGCACAGAUUUGCUGCUAAUCGUGGAAAUAUCAUUAGUUAGGUGCUUUUAACCAACARCCCAUAAUGCACAGCGACAYCGUUUUCUACCCCAAUGCAUGAUGGGAGAAGUAGACCUUGACAGUGGGGUUUGUUUUUAUUCUUUGGAAAUAUACAAUAAAUAAAGUCGAAUAAAGUCGAAGCGCUUCUGUAAAGAAAGACAAAAAGGCUUUUCGAAACUAUUUGCAGACAUGAAAUGAGAAAGGACAUUAUUYAUCAUCUUUUUUUGAGUACAAUAUAUGGCGGCGUCGCUGCCAAUUGUAGCUCUUAUACUAAACCAAGUCAUAUUUUAACCAAUCACAAGUUAGCAUUUUUCUGGAAGAAGUAGCCAAUCACAUAAAAUGUAAGAAAGAUAUAUUUUCAGCUCUUUUUAGGGCAAUAUAAGAAAUUCAGGGAGGGGGCGGCUAAUAUAAUAUUGUAUUAUAGAAUUUGAGUUUGUUAUAAUAUAUUUCGUUGUUAUUAAUAUAUGAUACAUUUAUUUUAUUUAAUACAAAAUUAACAAAUUCGUCCCACUUAAGAGGAAUUGGGUGAGUUUAUUUUAUACUAGGCAAUGUUUGCUGUAACAAUUAUUAUCCAGAAAAGUAGCCAGUUAUGUUACAACGUAUACAAAAAAUGUUUGACAAUAAAAAUGUUUUAAUCUA